GAAAUGUUUCGCGGUAUUCCUUCCGGAAUAAGGUGGCCAUUUUGAUUUCCCCCAAUAGUUCAAUUCUUCAAGGGUAUUCAGUUCGGUGGGAGAGCAGAAAGAGCAAAGAUGUAUAAUUUGGCGAAAGCAGCUGUGAAUCUCAGCGCACGUGGUGUUCGCUACACAGCAGUUCGCCAGUGCCAUCACAAAACAGGCCCUAAUUUCCAUGAGAAAUAUGGCAACCUUCUUCUGGCAACAGGAUUCCUGUUUUGUGCUUCUGUAUGGGGAUAUGUAGCAACACAGACUGGUUUGGUCUGGAAUAUUUCACCAGUUGGGAGGAUAACCCCCAAACCAUGGAAUGAAGAGUAAAGAAAACUGUUCUUUGCAGAAUUGCUUUUGAAGUUCUGAACUGCUUAUCUGUAGUGUUGCUGCUUACAAACAAAUGUUAUAGCAGGUCUAUUGUGAAAAUUAUCUAAUAAAUU